UAUCAUGUGAUACAAUUUAUUGAUAGCUACACUGUUAUCAUAUGACAACAUGGCUGAUUCAAAAUCAACUGAAGUUGAUGCUAUAUAUUAUGAAGUAUCACCAUAUAUCAUAAUUCUACUUCGGAUGUUUAACUUCAUCGUUCUUUUGAUGGCAUUGGUUUCCAUGAUAAUAUGUAUCGUUCAAGGAGAUGACAACAACACAUACUAUCUACUGGCCGCGAACACGGGAAUUAGUGGGAUAGUCUGUCUAGUGGUGAAUUGGUGGUACAGAUCGGGUGACUUGGGGCCUGAGAAGUACUGGUACAUAUUCCUUGUGGGAGGUGUGAUACUGUUUCAGUGCGUCACUACGGACAUCUUUGUGUACCAUGUGCUCCCCCCUGGGCCUACCAGUUCCCCUCAUACUCCGAGGCCCCCACCCAGGAAUGUCACCAUUAACUGGUUCAGCCUUCUAGAGGCCUCCACCAAACCCCACCUAGGGAUGGACGAUAUCACCACUGUCCCACCCGGCUAGUAGUGGUCAUACUACAUAAUGACAUUCAUAGUGACGUAAUGUGGUGAUUGUCUUUCAAAAUGUGUAUGCUUUGAUAUACAUUUUAAAAAUUAACAUUAAAGUAAUUUUCAAUAUUUUUCUGACCAUUCUAAUAUGUGUACCGUAAACCUGGAAAUUUUUGCGUCGAUUUUAUUUUGCGAAUCUGGGUCAAAAUGCUGUUGAUUAAUUUUUACGUUUCAAAAUUUUGCGAAUGACCACUGCUUACAUUUUCUUAUUGUUGAAUUAUUUUUAAGAAAAACAUUUUUGCGAAUGCAAUGAACUCGCAAAUUUGCUAAAAAUUUAUCUACAGCAAAAAUUUCCAGAUUUACGGUAUACUGAGUGUAAUAAAAAUAGUUGUAUGAGGUGGAGGUAAUAUCAGAUCUUUAUUCCCCAGAUUCAAGCUAAGUUUGAGAAUGUACAUAACAGUACAUCCUAGACCCACCUUAUCAAUCCUUGAUUUACAAUAGACAGAUCACUGUAUUUCUUAAUAAAAAUUAUUUUUUAAUUCAAACAUAAUCUUAACCUAGUUUCAUAUUUUCUUGUUUCAAUAAAAAACAUAUUUUAUGCACCCUGUAUUUUACAGAGUGUUUGAUUUGCCUGUCUGGUACACCUAUGGAAAAAUGUAUGUUUAUUCAACCUGAUGUAUGGCAUAAUUAUGUUUUUUCAUUUAGAUGCUGGUUGUCUGUAUCUUUUGUUGAUGAAAGGUUGAAAACGGCCUUAUAAAUCUCAUAUAGUGGAAUAAAACCCUUAAUAGUGACAGUACCAUUUAUAACAGUAAACAUUUGUUUCAUGAACUACAAAAGAAACAAUCCAACUGUGUAGAGGGGAAGAUCUUGUAAACUGUUGUCUUCGUAUAUAUGUAUGUUUGAAAGUUGUACUGCAAAUAGGAUACCAAAAUGGACUAGCUAAUUAAAGAAAAGGUUCAGGUUAAAACCACUGAAAAUAUAGGAUAUUGAAUUGUAUUUUUUAUUUUUUGUAUUUAUGGUUGAGUAGCAAAUUAAAAUGAUUUCCAUAUCA